UCGGAAGAGAUCAGGAAGAAAAGAGAGGAGAUCGAUUAAAUUGUCGUUCUAUAACUCACUUUCUGGAGAUGCAUGAGUCGCAGUCACUGCUGAGUGCUGUUGUUGACGUGAUGAUUUAUGAGCAUGUAGUAUAUUUGCAGCCAACGACGAAGUGCCAGUCUAAAUCGACAUAUAUAUAUUUAUACAUGUUUAAAUAUAUCGACAAGCAAACAAAAUAAAAUAAAUGAGACAUUCAAAAUAAAUGAUUAUCUCAUUUUUCUUUGAUUAUUCACAAACAUUUUCAUACUCUAUUUAUUCAAAUUAUUUUAUUUAUUAAUAAGAAUAAAAAUAAAACAAAUAAAUAUAAUGAAUUCAAUAGAAAUAAAUCAUUUUAUUGAUUUUAUAUUAAAUUAAAUCGAACAAUUAUUUAAUUCAAUUAAUAUAUCAUUAAUAUUUAUUUAGUUUUAUUAAAAAAUAUUUUACUUUUUUAUUUUAUUUUUAUUUAUUGAAUAUUUUUUAUUUAUCAACAUUUUAUUUUCUCUUCGUUUUUGACACAUAUUUUAUUUAAUAUUAUAAAUCUCUUAUUAAAGUGAUAGAGUACUAUUAUCUGUAAAAUCUAACAAGUAAAACAAUUAUUUUUAUAUAUAUUUUAAUUAAUCGAUGUUUAUCAAAUAUAUUAUAUAUUGAUUUUAAUGAUAAAAUUCUUAUACAUAUAAAUAUAUUCGAUAAAUGUUGAUUAUUUUCUCAUUUAUUCGAAUGUCUAAUUAAUAAAUAUAAGACAAUUUUAUUUGAGUAAGGAUUUUUAUUUAUUUUUCACUUAAAUUAAUUUUUCAAAGAAACAAAAAAAAACCAAAACGGGUCGAAAAAUGUAUCUUUCGUUAUAUAUAUAUAUAUAUGGGUUUACACGAUUUACUUUCCACGGAUUUACUUUCCGUUGAUUACAUAAAAAUGAUUUUCCAAUUAUCGAUUUUUUCGUGUGAUGAUUUACUUUCCGUUGAUUAGCUCGACGAAGAGAAAUGAGCAGAUAACUAGUUAUUGGAGCAAUCCAUAUAUUACGAGAACAAAUUUUCAAAAAAUUUGGAAACGAAUGAAUAUUCAUCACUAAGUUGAUGAUCAACUAUAUUUUUAAUCAAGUAUGAGUAGUGCUCAUUAGAUGGAGACUAGGAUAAUCGUGAGAAUAGUAAUCAUUGCAAAAGGUAUAUAAAGAUGGAAAUACAUAAUGUGUUCUCGCUGUGUUCUUAACAAAAUGUCUGGUGAAUUUGUCGAAUCAACACAUGGAAAAAAACAGUUAUGUUAUCUCGGUUACCGAUAUUAUUUCAAACGUAAAAAUGAAAACGGUUCCCAGUAUUAGGUAUGUGUGAAAUGUAAAGCAACAGCAACAAGUUAUUCGGAUUCAUCAAUCGUGGUACGGGAUGAACAUACACAUUUACCUGAUGAAACUGCCAAGAUCGUAUUAGAAAUGCGACAAAAUUUAAAACGAAAAGCUAUUGAAGAAUCGGGUCCAAUAGACCGUAUAGUUGAAGAGGUAUUUCACAACAUUAACAUCAAAUCCAAUGAUUUGGUUAUUAAUUUACCGUCGAUUCGUACAUUAAAAAAUAGUUUACAAAAACAACGUCGUAAGACCCGACCACCGAUUCCUCAAACUAUUGAACAACUUCCAUCACCGUUACCAGAAUCUUAUUGCAAAACAACGCAAGGUGAAUGGUUUUUACUAUAUGAUGGGUUGCUUGGUGGUACUCGUUCACUUAUUUUUGCUACUUACAAAGACAUAACUUAUUUAUCACAACAAGAGCAUUGGUAUGGUGACGGUACAUUUACACAUGCCCAUCGAUUUUUUAUCAAGUAUAUUCAAUUCAUGCAUAUUAUGACGGAAUAUCGACACCAUGCGUUUUUGCGUUACUCGGAGGUAAAUCCGAACAUAUAUAUUACGACUUAUUUGCAGUAAUAUUCCGAAAAAUAACCGAAUUACAAUUGUUUAUCAAAUUACGAACCAUUGCAAUUGAUUUUGAGCUGAGUAUUUCCAACGUAUUUACUACACUGUAAAAAAAAAGGUAUUUUACCAAACUUUAUAGGUUUCGCGCUUGUUUACGAAACUAUUUUAAGUUCCGUGGGAUGGAAAAGGUUUCGUAGUCUCCAUACUGAACCUUUUUAAGUUCCAAAAAUCGAAGAAGGUUUCGAAGUUUUACUACGAAACCUUCUAGAGGUUCUGCGCAUUGUUUACUGAACUUACGGUGGUUUCGUAUCUUUGGUACAAAACCGUUGACAGUUUCGUAGAGCACUUAAAGGUUUCGUAUUAGUUCUACGAAACCAUUCAUAGUUCCGUAAGUGCUCCUAUAGUUUCGGAUGCGCUAUACGAAACUAGGUGUGGUUUUGUAAAAGAUAUACGGAACCAUUACAUCGUUUA